AUGACCGAUAAGUAUUCCAUCAACGAUAGAAUUUCAACAAUUGACAACUAUUUGGGUACCAUUAGGUACAUUGGUAGCUUACCUGUCUGGGGAGCAAACACUAUCGCAUUAGGGAUUGAAUGGGACGAUCCUCGUCGAGGCAAGAAUAAUGGUGAUUUGAAUGAUAUACUGUACUUUACUCCGAAGGUUUCUGGAUCGGGCACAUUCAUAAAGUCAUCUAAUCGAUCUUUAAAUCAUAAUCAAAAGUCUUUUGUUCAGGUUAUGCACGAAAAUUAUUUGGAUACUGAAUACAAGACCAAAAAUAUUCAGUUUGGAACCAAAACAGUGGAAGAACUAGGAUGGGAUAAGUUAAACAAAUUUCAUUCCAACUUGAGAAAUUUGAACUCACUAACAUUGGACUAUUGUUUGAUUAGUAUUGCUUACCGUGAUAAUGAAGACAAGCAAUUGUUUAAUGAGCUUGUCAAUUUAAAAAACUUGGAACUAAGUUGCAACUUAUUUACCGAUGUAAAUGAAAUAUCCAAAAUAGUUGACCAUAUUCCAAAUUUGACUAGUCUUAACAUUAAUGGAAACAGAUUUAGUGAGUUUUCGCAGGAUCAAAAAGUUCAUAAUGGUAUAGUUCUGCUAAAGUUAUCUUCAACAAUGAUGCCAAUACUGAUGGUAGAGAAGUUGAUCAAGAAGUUUCCCAACUUGAAAGAGCUUUACAUUUCAGGGAAUAAUUAUUCAAAUAAGGAUAUUGAAAGUAUGUGUCUCAAUCAAUCAUUAUCAAUUUUAGAUUUAUCUUAUAAUAAACUAAAGUACAUGCCCACUCUACCACUUGUAUCAGCUUUGAACUUGUCAUAUAAUUAUCUAUCAUUACAAAUCAUUAAUGGUACUUUUCCCAACUUAAUAUCUUUGGACUUGAGAGCAAAUAUGAUAAAGGAUUGGUCUGAUAUUGAUGAAAUUUCCAUACAUUUACCGGGCCUAAAAGAACUAAGAAUUAAUCACAACCCAUUGUUUCAAGAAAUGUCUGUGGAUGAUAUGACGAUGCAGUUAAUUGGCCGCAUUAAAUGUUCCCCAGAACACUUGUGGAAAUUGAACGGUAGCUUUUUAACAAAUGAAGAGAUUGAGAAUUCCGAGCUCUACUUCAUCUCGAAAGUGGAGCAAGGAAAAUACCAUAUAGAUAAUGAACGGCAAUGGUCAUAUUUGCUUUCAAAAUAUAAUAAACCACUGGAAACCAGGCUGUCUCACGUUUACACAUUAAAGGACUGGAUGCCUCUAACUAUAGUAUUUCCCGAUUCUAAAGAGAUUUCCAAAAAGUUCACAAAAAAUACUUCUAUUCUUCAAUUCAAAGGAUUAGUAUCCCAAUGGAUGGACGAUUUGUCCAUCCUCAAGUUUUCUGCAUACUACUACACCAAUGAAAACUCGACGUUUGCCGAAAAACACGAGCUAGCAAACUAUUUAAGCACAUUAGAUAGUUAUUCAUUACUGCAUGACCAAAAAGUUUAUAUUUCUAUAGAUGCAUCGAUAUAG